GGACCAAGGUCCAAAGUCUUCACAUUUCUUCGUCGUCGUGGGGGGCCCCACAUGGGCCAUGACAUUGAUCAGCAGCACCACUGCCACCAGGGCAAUCUGAGGAUUUUUCACAUGGAGGUGCAAAGUUUGGCGGUUCGAAGGCAUCAAGUCCGAUAAGAUAAAACCACAUAGGAGCAUUCUUCAGAAGGAGUUCUAUUUGACGUUUUGGAGAUCUCCUUCUAUCCUUGUAAGCCACUAUGACCCAGUAUUCGGGCACGUCCGCCCUGCACAGUUGGCGUCCUGCAUUCAAAAAACAGUUUGCUAUCCCAGCGACUGUCUUUGUCGUUUUGCUUGCAACACUCAUCAUGGGGACGUGCCUCAGUCAAGGCACGCUUUUAGAAAACGGCUGGGGCCCGGGAAGGUGGCAUUUAGCAGGGCGCAAGAACCUAACUUGGGAAGCAAGGCCGUCCGUGGAGCAUGUGACGAAACCUCCUGUUGAAUUCAACCUCGAGACGGAUCAACGUACAGAGGAAGGUUCCGAGCCGGAUCUCAAGCAAGGUUUAGUGCCAGGCUCAGAGCCAGGUUUAGAGCCAGGUUCAGAGCCAGGUUCAGAGCCAGGUUUAGAGUCAGACUCAGAGCUAGUUCCGGAGCCAGCUUUAGAACCAGAAUUAGUGCUAGGACCCAAGCCUCCUUUGGACUUGACCUGUGAGCAGUGGCUCUUAGAAGCUGAUGGUCCGGUGGUCCCUGGGGGGAGAAACUUCUCUGAUGAACCGGUGAUGAUAUACGAGGCAGAUCUGCCGCCGUGGUUUGCGGCUUCUGAGGAGGAGCUGAGGAGCUGUGACGUAGCGUGCAGGCCCAUUCUGCCAAACUCCGAGGAAGCCAAAAACGUCACACGGUGGGACGCCAUGACCUGGCAGUGGCCUUCCGGCGCCCCCGACCGCUCUCACGGUUUCCGCGUGCUCCGCAACAUGGAAAGCGCCGCCUACUACCCAAUGCUGGCCGUCUCCGAGGCCCGCAAGCAGGGGUAUGACAUCAUCAUGACGUCAGAGCUGGCGUCCGACAUCCCCCUGCUGUACAUCGGUGGCAGUUACUUCGAGCCAGGGUUGGGGUUCGAGGAGAAGGUUCCAGCGGUCGCGGCCGCGAUCAGUAACUGCGGCGGGUUUUCUUCGAGGUUGGAGAUUAUUGCGAAGUUGAGAGAGUUCGGGGUGGAGGUGCAUCAAUACGGGAGGUGCAACCGAACGCACGAGUUCCCCGACGAACCGCCCCCCCCGGGUAUGAACGAAGCAGACGCGCUGGCGCACCGAUACCUCUUCUACUACGCUGCUGAGAACAGCAUCUACCCAGACUACGUCUCUGAGAAAUUCUUCCGGGGGCUCCGAGUUGGCACCGUCCCCGUCUAUCUGGGAACGGCCACAGCCGUCGAUUUCGCGCCCGCCGAAAAUGCGAUUCUGUGGCUGAGUGGGAUCGAGGACGUGCCACGUGUCGCUGAGGAGAUCAAGCGACUGACGAACGACCGGGCCGCUUUUGAGGAACGACUGGCGUGGAAGACCCGCGGUGCCUCCGACGCAUUUCUGGCGCUUCUCAGCCUCAACGCGUUCGCUCGUUCGUGUGUCCUGUGCAUACACAUCGCAACGAAACUACAGGAAGAGGCGCUAGCAGCACCGACGUUGCCUGAGCUGGAAAUCGGCACCACUGCUAUAGGCCAAGCGGAUACGAGCAUGGAACCGGUUGAUGGGACUCGGCCGUGCUCAUGUGCCGAAGACGUAGGGUUCGAGGGGGGAAAGGAAAGCGGCUUGCAGACGGUUUAUCACUUGUACGUGCGUGAACUGAACGCUUUUCGGUAUCUUGACGUAUUUAUUCGGUCCACUGACUUGAGUAUCGCGGGGCUCGAGAAAGCCAUAUUGGCGCGGUUUCAGGCGACAGACUAUGCGCCGGUGUUUGUAAGGUAUGGGUUUCACAACUCUAGAGACGGAUAUAAGGUGUUUAAGGUAUACCCAGCAUUGACAAACCAAAGACGUGUUUUGUUCGAGGAUGGUGCCUUUGCCUCGGAUGACGACUUUAGAAAACACUUGGACUCUGUUCCAUGUCCACGGUUGGAAGUUAUAUUCGUUUAAACGUACUGCGUGCUGUCCGCAUAAACUCGACCAUUGCCUUGCU